GAGUAUACGGCUAGCGGCAAUCUCGUGUAACGUAACGGCCUCGCGUGUUCUAGUCAGUUUCAAAGCUGUAGAUUAUUUUUUACUUUAAUAUACCUCGCUUUUGGCUCCCCGUAAAGGGGUUUAAAUAGAAAAAUGAGUGGUGACAAGAUCGACAUGAGCCUUGAUGAUAUAAUCAAAGCAAAUAAAGGGAACCGUGGUGGUCGAGGAGGAAGAGGAAGAGGUGGUAACCGUGGCAGAGGACGAGGUGCCGGUGGCGCUGGCGGAGGACGUGGUGGCCGAGGAGGCCGGGGUGGUGGAGGCAGCGGAGGACCGAUGAGAAGACAAAGAGGUGGCGGUGCUGGCAGACCGGCGCCAUAUUCACGGCCAAAACAGAUGCCUGAUCAGUGGCAGCAUGAUAUGUACAGUGAAGGUGGAGGUGCAAUCAGAAGACAAGGAUUAUCAACUGCAGCGAACGGACCUGGAAAACUGCUAGUUUCAAAUCUGGAUUUUGGUGUUUCAAAUAAUGAUAUUGAGGAAUUGUUUGCAGACUUUGGUAGUCUGAAGAAGGCAGCGGUACAUUACGACAGGACGGGAAGAAGUCUUGGUACAGCAGACGUUAUCUUUGAAAGGAGAGCAGACGCUAUGAAAGCAAUCAAGCAGUACCAUCAAGUGCCAUUAGACGGUCGACCGAUGAAUAUUCAGUUAGUUGGUUCAGCGACUGAGCUAGAGUCAAACCCAAUGCAAUCAAGACCGAGACAGCAAGCUGGAGGAGGUCGAGGAGGAGGAGGAAGGGGGGGAGUCCGUCGGAAUCAGGGAAACUACAACCAAGGAGGCUACAACCAGGGGGGUUACAACCAGGGCCGAAGGGGCGGAGGAGGAGGAGGCGGACGAGGGGGAGGAACCAGGGGGCGUGGAGGCCGAGGGAGAGGAAGGGGCAGGGGUGCUGGAGGUAAUAGACCCACACCAACUGCUGCCGAAUUGGAUGCUGAAUUAGAUGCGUAUAACUCACAGAUCGAUAGCUAGAGAGUGCUUGGAUGUAUAUACCACAACAGUACCAUAUCAGACCCAGAUAAGGAUGAUCGGCAAAUUUCCUCUUUUAAUUAUUUUGUAUAAAAAAUCAAACUAGUAUUCCAUUUUUAAACAAUAUCAGAUUACUGUAUCCAUUUUGUUCCUACAAGCCCAAGAUUUUUUUUUUCAAUUUUAUGAUUUUUCUAUUAAUAUUGUACUUUUUUCGAUGAUUGUAUAUUUUAUAUUGGUCUAAAGCUAUGUAACAUGCAGGACUUGGACUUAUAAUUGACAAGAACAUGUGGGGUCGCCCUGAAUAUCAGUCCAUUGAGGCAUUACAUGAUUUAUAUACAUUCUGUACAAACACAUUUAAGAUGAUCAGACCGUGUCACACAAACUUUUUUGAUGGAUCACUGAUAGCAUGGAAUGAUCAUACCCCAAGCUAUGUGUCACAGGUAAUGUGAUAUGAGGAGAGCAGUAUUGUCUGGCAUUUUGUUACUGUUAAACCAAAACCAAAGUGCGAGUUUAUUUUCAGUGAUCUUGAUUAAAUUGUGAAUAAGAAUUUACUUGCACAUCAAAUGUUUUGUUAGCAAUAUCUUCGAUAUUUCUGCAUAUUUCAAGUUAUUUGCUAAAAUGGAUGAUAAAUGUGUUCAAAAUUUACGAAUUGUAUUUUGUAUUCUGUUUAGCUUAAGAAAGAGCUUUUGACUCCCCAAAUAUUGACAUUUUAUGAUGAUUUUGCAUUGCAACAUUCAAAUUAAAAAAUCACUUUAUGUUUCAGUCUUAAGUCCUCAAAAUCAAUUAAUAAGAGUGGAUUUGAACAAAACAGCGCCCCCACAUGGCAGAUCAGCAUUUCAAGCUUGGAGGUUUGUUUGAACAAAACAGCGCCCCCACAUGGCAGAUCAGCAUUUCAAGCUUGGGGGUUUGUUGUGAUCUAAAUACCAUAUGGAAA